GGAUAAACAUGGCGGCCAACGUAGCCGUAGCGUUGUUUUGAAGCCCCGCAUCAUCGAGCUGUUUAUCUGCACAAAUUAUCCGCGAAAUAAUAAAAAGUAGUCAUGGGAUCGUCCAAGAAACACAAGGACAAGGAUCGCGAUCGGGACAGGACAAAGGAAAAGAGCAAGGACAAGAAGAAGUCGCGUCGUUCGCGCUCCAAGUCGAGGGAGCGAGACGGUACCAAGGAAAAACAUCGGCACCGCGACCGCAAACGCGCCCGCACUACUGUUGAGGACGAAGGACAGCCCGUGGAAAAGGUCCGCGUCAAAGAGGAACGCGAAUUGUCGCCCAGACCAAAACAAGACCAAAGCGGGUCCGAAAGUGAUACUGGGUACCAAGACAAAUCUUCCCUUAGCAUUGACGAGACCAACAAGCUACGAGCAAAACUUGGACUCAAGCCCCUGCAAGUUGAUGGAGGAGGAAUACCAGGCCUUGGAGAUGCACCAGUUGGUGAUGCCAACGAGGACGAGAGGAAGGAGGUCUUUGUCAAGACCGAGAACAUGCAAGACAAGGUGGAGGCGCAGAAGCUCAGGGAGAAGAUCACGGCAAAUCGAGAGAAACGGAAAAUUGCCGAUAAGUACAGAGAGAUCAAGGGCCUUGGGGACAGUGACGAGGACGACGACGCCUUGAGAUGGGUUCAGAAAAGCCGCAAGAUUCAAGAAGAAAAAAAGAAGGCCGAGCAGAGAGCAAGAAUGUUAGAAGAGAUGGAUGAGGAGUUUGGUAUUGGAAAGAUUGUGGAGGAGGAGUUUAAGCCCACCAAGGAGUACACAGCCAAGCACCUGAAAGGGCUCGAAGUGCUUCACAGCACAGACCGCUUCAAGGAAGGACAGUCCGUCAUCUUGACUUUAAAAGACCAAGGCGUUCUUGAUGAUGGGGAUGAUGUGCUCGAAAAUGUCAAUUUGGUGGAAGCUGAGAAGGCAGAGCGAAACGUGGAAAACCGCAAGGGCAAGCCUGGCUAUCAGCCUUAUGACGACACUGAAGUCGACGAGUUUGGAAUUGUAAAGAAAAAGUCUCUCUUGUACAAGUAUGACGAAGAGAUUGAAGGCGUCAAGCGGGAGAAGUUCAGCAUAGGUGCGGGUCCGACUGAGGCCGAUAAGGAGAAGGAGCUGGAAUUGGUGCGAAUGAAGCUGAAGCAAAAGCAGAAGGACAGCCUCAUCAUGCCCGCUCCUCAGAUUGCCACCGAGUACUUCACUCCCGAUGAAAUGGCGACAUUUAAGAAGACCAAAAAGAAAGUGAGGAAAACGCGCAAACGUGAGACCUUCAAGGCGGAUGAUCUAGCUCCGUUGCCUGGACAUGAGGAUGACAAAAAAGACCACGGAUCACGACGGCGCCGCGAGAACAACUUCACGGAACCCGUCUUUGUGAAUCCCCAGAGCCAGCAGUUCUUUGAUGAAGCCGCAAAGCCACCUGAGGAGGAAGACGUGGUUGGACCGGACGAAGACUUGACUGGUGUGGCAGUGGAAGAGGAUGACACAGAGCAGACUCUGGAAGCUGCGCUAACGAAGGCGAGGCGGUUGCGUCUCGCCGAGGGAAGCUCUGUGCAGAAGAUAGCAGAGUCUGCACGAUUGGCACGCGACCAAGAUGAUGGCGAAGACAAAGCAAACGCGGCAAAAGCCAUUGUGCUAAACUCCACGGCUGAAUUUUGUCGAACUCUUGGCGACAUUCCCACGUACGGCAUGUCUGGAAAUCGUGACGAGGAGGCUGAGGAGCUGCUGGACAUGGACAUAGACAAUGAAGAGGAAGAUCAAGAGGCAGGGGAUGCGGCGAAUCGCGGUGCAUGGAACGAAGUUGACAUUGAAGAAAAGCCUGUAGAAAUCAAGGACCGUGAGAAAGAGCCUAUUUUAGAAGAGGAACCUGACCUCUCAAUUGGCAUCUCCGGUGCACUAAGACUUGCAGUGAAGAAGGGCUACAUCGAGACUGGAGAGAAGAAAAUCGAGGAGAGCAAGAAGCACAGUGACCUGCAUGCACAAUCAUACACCAUCGAGGAGAAGUUCUACGAUGACGACAAAGCGAGCCGCCGAGAGCGUUACUGCGGCCCGGUGUCAGACUUUAAGGAGAAGGACUCGUACAAGCCGGAUGUGAAGCUCGAGUACAUCGACGACGGUGGACGGAUACUGAACGCCAAGGAGGCUUUCCGCUACCUGUCGCAUAAGUUCCAUGGCAAGGGCUCAGGAAAGAACAAGGUCGACAAGCGGGCAAAGAAACUCGACCAGGCCGUGAAAUUGAAGCAGAUGAGCUCCACUGACACCCCACUGAGUACGCUCAAGUUACUUCAAGAGAAACAGAAAGAGUUGCAAAGUCCAUACAUCCUGCUUAGCGGAGGAUCGAAAGCACUAAACCAGAGUUCGCUGAUGAAGCCAAAAUAACAGCUUGGAUCGGUUUUAUUCCUUUUCACUGUAAAUAAAAGACCGUAAAACAU